AUAUAUAUAUAAACGUCAGUUGUAAAACCUACUGUGAUUCGCUAUUUAUGCGCUAUUGACGUGAUGCGUGGGAUGAUAUAUACCCGCAUAAUUAUGUCAAGUGAAAAGAAAAAAGCCCGUGAUUCGCUGUUUCCCAGGACAGGUCAUCCAACGUGUUUAUAACUAGUGUGCGGACGACACACUGUAAUCUCAGGACACCGUGCCAUCGGAUAAACACCAUGGGUGCGCUGCAGACCAUUUGCCGACAACUGAUACUUUAUACUUCACUUCGGACUGUCCUUGUUUUUACCUUAGUAGUGAUGGUCAUUUUUAUGAUUUUCCAAACUUUCCGAGGAAAACAGAGGAAGAACCUUCCCCCGGGCCCCUGGGGGUUGCCGAUAUUGGGCUGCUUACCGUACCUUGGGAGAGAUGCUCACGUUGUACUUACCAGGUGGGCAAAAACCUACGGCGAUGUUUACAGCGUUCGUUUCGGGACGGUGCCUGUUGUUGUUCUGAACGGCUUUGGCGUUAUCAAGGAAGCGCUGGUCAAGCACGGGGUGGACUUUGCCGGACGACCUGACCUGUUUACAUUUAGGACGCCGCACCACAGGGGGUUGCGCUAUAAAGGUAUUUUGGUGGAAAACUACGACAGACAGCUGGAGGAAAGGCGCCACUACACCAUGCGGCUUUUUCGAGUACUCGGGGUCGGUAGGACAAAUCUGGAAUCCGCAAUUUUUAAAUCACAGUUGGAGGUUCUGAUGAAAGACUUAACAAACACGGGCGGCAAGGCAAUCGAUAUAUUUCCGAUUCUACGAGAUUCCGUAGCCAAUAUCACAUUAGGGAUAAUUUUCGGAUUUCGCCUUGUACACAACGACCCCCAAUAUGAGGGAAUUCUGGAUACAGUGCACAAAAUGUAUGAACUCAACACAAAACUAAACGUUGUGAACUUUGUUCCCUUUUUGGAAAAGCUUCCGUUGCCAGUUCUCAAAGAAUUCGAUGAAGUUUCUACUCGUUUGGUUUUGCAAGUAAUUGCAUGGUUCAAAGGACAGGAAAACAAUAAACACGUAGAUUCAAAUCACAUGAAAUCUUUUGCCAAUUGGUACAAAACUGACGUUUUGAAGUACAAGCAGUACGAGAUGGAUGAGAAAGUGACAUUGAAAGAAAAUGACAAGAAACCAGCUUUGAAUGAUUCUAUACAAGCGAAUGGACAAGAAAAAGAUGUCAAAUUGGAUAGCAUAUUUUCCGAAAACCAAAUUAUUUCUGUCGCUAUCGACCUUUUUAUGGCUGGGUUUGAGACCGUUACAACAACGUUACGAUGGGGUUUUCUAUAUAUGGCAUUGCACCCUGAAAUCCAGGCAAAAGUUCAAGAAGAAAUUGACUCAAAUUUAGGAGACCAAAACCCAAGUAUUACAGACAAAGGUGCACUGCCGUACACAGAAGCAACCAUCAUGGAAAUACAACGACUGAAUUACGUCCUUCCAUUAGCCGUGCCACAUUCUACCACAACAGACGUGGAAUUUCAUGACUACACCAUCCCUAAAGAUACCAUGGUACUUGUGAAUCUCUGGUCUGUCAUGACGGACCCCGUAUGUUGGCCAAAUCCCGAUAAGUUUGACCCGCAGCGCCAUCUGAACGAGAGAGGAAGAACCAUACGCCACGAUGUAUUUACCCCUUUUUCUCUAGGUAAACGAUCUUGCGUAGGAGCAGCACUUGCUAGAAUGGAGCUCUUCCUUUUCUUUACCUCCUUGAUGCAGAAAUUUACAUUUCGUCUCCCAGACGGCGCUUCAGCUCCUGUGUUUGAGGAGGGCACUUUGGCAUCAACGUUCAGCCCCCCUUACCACCAGCUCUGCGUGGUUAGUAGGGGCCCGAAGACUUAAUCUGACAGGCUUGUCGACCGAUAUUUCCUGUUUUUAAUCUGUAAAUACUGUGGUCAACUUUAUUCAUCUUUCAACUAGUUAAAACUAAAGCAUUUAAAGUUUUAAUUCUUUUUACACAUUGUUCUACACGCAAUGGACAAUAGAAGUGUCACCCCCUGAA